GAAGAAGGGCGGGAGGAGCUAGGGGAAGGGGGGCGAGAUAGGCGCGCAGGCGGCAGAAGCCUUUGCCUCCGCGACCGUGCGGGCCACAGCUUCCCAGCCCUGCUCCCGGUCGCACACUCGCUGCCUCCCCGCGAGCGGCAGGCCGGCCACAGCGAAGCGCCGAGGCGGGCGCUGAGGUGGCGUCGCGCUAGCAGCAGCAGAGGCGGCAGCCACCGCCAAACGCGGGCCCCGGGUGCCGCGGCGCCCCAAGUUCCCGCCAUGAGCAGUCGGCUCUGGAGGCUCCGCGGCUCUGGGGACUCACUCCCAGCCGAGCACGGCAGCAGCGCCCAGGGGCCCCAACGCUCCUAACGCCGCCGCCGCCGCCGCCACCCGCGUUCCCCCCGCCGCCGCCGCCGCUUCGGCCGCCGCAGAGCCGCCAGCAGCAUGUCUCGAAGGAAGAUUUCGUCGGAGUCCUUCAGCUCCGUGGGCUCCGACUACCUGGAGACGAGCCCCGAGGAGGAGGGGGAGUGCCCCUUGUCUAGGCUCUGCUGGAACGGCAGCCGGAGCCCGCCCGGGCCGCCCGAGCCCAGCGCGGCGGCCGCCGCCGGCCCGACCCCGGCAGCCGCCGCCGCCACCGCCGCCACGGCUGGGGCCAGGAGAGCGCAGCGCCGGAGGCGGGUCAACCUGGACUCUCUGGGCGAGAGCAUCAGCCGCCUGACGGCGCCCUCGCCCCAGAUGAUACAGCAAACUCUCAAGAGGACAUUGCAGUAUUAUGAGCACCAAUUUACUGGUUAUAGGGAUGUAGAAAAGAAUUUCUACAAUAUUUCUAACAGAUGCUCCUAUGCAGACCAUUCCAACAAAGAAGACAUUGAAGAUGUCUCAGGAAUUCUUCAGUGUACUGCUAACGUACUCGGUUUGAAGUUUGAGGAAAUUCAAGAAAGAUUUGGUGAGGAGUUCUUUAAUAUAUGCUUUGAUGAGAAUGAGAGAGUCCUUCGAGCUGUAGGUGGCACGUUGCAGGACUUUUUUAAUGGCUUUGAUGCUUUGUUGGAACACAUUAGAACUUCUUUUGGAAAACAGGCCACUCUGGAGUCACCAUCAUUCCUAUGCAAAGAGCUCCCUGAAGGUAAUCUUAUGCUCCACUACUUCCACCCUCACCACAUUGUGGGGUUUGCAAUGCUUGGAAUGAUUAAGGCUGCAGGAAAGAAAAUCUAUCAGCUGGAUGUAGAAGUGGACCAGGUUGCAAAUGAGAAACUGUGCUCUUAUGGUUCAAACCCAGGCAAUUGUAGUGGUCUUACUUUCCUUAUCAAACAAUGUGAAAAUACUAGUAUCACGAAGAACCUUCCACAGGGAGCCUCCCAAGUUCCUGCGGACCUCAGAAUUAGCAUCAACACCUUCUGCAGAGCCUUCCCUUUCCAUUUGAUGUUUGACCCCCACAUGACAGUCCUUCAGCUGGGGGAAGGCCUAAGGAAGCAGCUCCGAUGUGACACUCACAAAGUGCUCAGGUUUGAGGACUGCUUCGAGAUUGUUUCUCCAAAGGUUAAUGCCACCUUCGAAAGGGUUCUGCUGCGACUGUCCACGCCAUUUGUGAUUAGGACCAAGCCUGAGGCUUCUGGCACUGAGAAUAAAGACAAGGUGAUGGAAGUUAAAGGACAAAUGAUCCAUGUCUCAGAAUCAAAUUCUGUUUUAUUCUUGGGUUCUCCAUGUGUGGACAAGUUGGAUGAACUCAUGGGACGAGGGCUGCAUCUCUCGGACAUCCCUAUCCAUGAUGCUACCCGAGAUGUAAUUUUGGUUGGUGAGCAGGCAAAGGCCCAAGAUGGCUUGAAGAAGAGGAUGGAUAAAUUAAAAGCAACUUUAGAAAGAACUCACCAGGCCCUAGAAGAAGAGAAAAAAAAAACAGUGGAUCUUCUAUAUUCUAUUUUCCCUGGUGAUGUAGCCCAGCAAUUGUGGCAAGGGCAGCAAGUGCAAGCCAGAAAGUUUGAUGAUGUCACCAUGCUCUUUUCAGACAUUGUUGGCUUCACAGCCAUAUGUGCCCAGUGUACCCCCAUGCAAGUAAUCAGCAUGCUGAAUGAACUGUACACAAGAUUUGACCACCAAUGUGGAUUUUUGGAUAUUUAUAAGGUGGAAACAAUAGGUGAUGCAUACUGUGUUGCUGCAGGGCUCCACAGAAAAAGCCUCUGCCAUGCUAAACCCAUUGCUCUGAUGGCCCUGAAGAUGAUGGAACUUUCUGAAGAGGUGCUGACACCUGAUGGAAGACCAAUUCAGAUGAGAAUAGGCAUUCACUCAGGCUCUGUGCUGGCUGGAGUUGUUGGGGUAAGAAUGCCGCGAUAUUGCCUGUUUGGAAAUAAUGUCACUCUGGCAAGCAAAUUCGAAUCGGGAAGUCACCCUCGACGCAUCAAUGUCAGCCCAACCACUUACCAAUUAUUAAAACGAGAAGAAAGUUUCACAUUCAUUCCUCGGUCCCGUGAAGAGCUUCCAGACAACUUUCCAAAGGAAAUCUCUGGGGUCUGCUAUUUCCUGGAGGUAAGAACUGGUCCUAAGCAGCCAAAGCCUUCUCUUUCUUCAUCGAGAAUAAAAAAAGUUUCCUACAACAUUGGCACAAUGUUCCUCCGGGAGACAAGCCUCUGAGACCUGCUACAGAUCAAAGACUCCUCCAAAAAGCACAAGCCCAGACCAUGGAUCAUGACAGGAGAAUGGAAAGAUUGUUUAUCUUUCACUGCUCUGUGGAGAAAAAACAGUGGAAUUUCUGUUAUGUCAGGCAAUAAUCCUAGCAAAAGGAGGGUGAUGGCUCUCAAUAAAAAACUGGAGGGCAAAGGGGAAAUAAGAUGUAUUCAUUCUUAUGAGUGUUUUUGGUCAUAUAUAUAUUAUGUAUAAUAUAUAUAUGUAUUUUAAUUAAUUACAAGUGUGAGACCCCUUUCAAAACUAACCAAUAAAUAGAUUCCAUGUUUUCUUGUUUGUCACACAUACAGCUAUCUUUCUCUAUAUAUUUGUAUCACUUUUGAGAACCAGUUUUGAUUAAAUAUUCCUAUAUUUAGUGAGUGGGUAUGAAAGGAAUAUUUUCUAAUUUUGUUUUUCUGAACAGACAUUUCAUACAUAUAUCAUGGCAGUGUGGUAAACUUCCCAGCAGGAAAAACUGUAACUUGGCAAGAUAUUUUAGGGAUAUUACCUAUUUUUAUACAUAUCUCUUCUAGAUAAUUUCACACAGCAUUAUUAGAUUUUCACAAUCUGCUACUGUAUAGUUGGUAUAUUAUGUAAUUCCAACAUAUUAAUUGAAUAUAGUUUCACUUAUUUAGAGAGAUAAGUGCUUAGAUUGAAAAUACACAUAACCUAGGAUUUCAGAUGCUGAGAAAGCAUAGUAUAUCUGCUUAGUAAAUAUAGCUUUUAGAUUUGAUUAAUGUAGCAUAGAAUCCAGAGGAAAUGGCAUUUCCUAAUAGCAAAUGUAUGUAUCUGUAACCAAGAUUAAAGAAAGGUCUUUUUGCUAUCUUCUAAGAAAUAUCAGUGAAAAUAAAAUGAUUUGCUACAUUACACCCUUUCAACUUAGCACUUCUAAAUAUAGGUAGUUUUUACAAUGUGCUAAAUUCUAAUAAACAACAUCCUACUAAAUGACAUGUAAGUCCACCCCCCUGCCCCUGUCACCUUCUUCAACGGAUGCUUCCUAAGGACUAACUGCCCCUCAUGGGAGCAAAUCACUAGAUACUGGCAUUAGUGAGAAAAAGCUGUAGGAUAUUUUGCCUAGAACGUUGUUUAUUCUUUCAUAAUAAAAACAAGGAAAAAAACUGUACUUUAUGGAUUUGAGAUUGUUUUUAAUGUUCUUCUGCAGUUUAUUUGAUGUGGCUUUUAAAUUCAGUGAAUCACCUUCAUUAACACUGAAGUAUGUCUAACCUUCAGACCUAGUAAUCACCAAAGUUACAGAUAGGCUUCCAUUGCUUGUUCUGCUAAAUGAAAACCUGUUCCCAUUAAGUAACAGUGCAUGAAAAUAUUAUUACAGACUCACCCUGAAAUUAGGAACACAGUGUGUCCAGGGUUUCUUAUUUUGGAUCAGAUAUAGAAUCUAAGUUUCUCUUGAGGUUAAUGAGUUGGAAACAUUUGUUUCCUUGAAACCUUGUGGUGGCCAUUUUCUUACUCCGAUAGGUACACUCAUUGGUAGCUUAUGUCUACUGAAUACAAUAUACUUUUUCUGGUUAGGGAUUUUAGCUGCAUUAGAAUUUGGUUAUGAAAUAACUCAGUUAAGUAACAGAUUAACUAGUGUCCAAUGUAGUCUGUGAGGAUUAAUUAGUGUUUUUAAGUUCUCUAAGUAUACAACUAGAAAAUAUUUUUAGAUUGCAGAUUAUUUGUUAUAAUGGUGAUCAUUUUUAUAAUUGUUGAACUCUGUUCUCUCUCUGGGGCUUAAGAGGACACUAAUGCAACACUUUGCAUGUGGAAACAGGACCUAGACCUGAAUCCUUGCCUGUCCCUCCCUUCCUUGGGUCUAGGUUUCUGUUUUUAACCACAUGUGGGCAAGAAGGCCAGGGUGUUUGUAGGAGGCUGUGGAGGCUGAGGACAAGGUUCUCUCAUGGGAAUAAUUACCCACAAAAGAAUUUCUUUAGGGGGCUGAGAGAUUAACUCACUUCUUUCACAGGGAAUAGAGGGUAGGCUUACUGUCAGUGUGGAAAGAACAGGCUCUGGGAGCACUUCAAUCCUCCUGCUGAGAAUAGGAAAUACCUCAGCUAUGCUGGUGGGCUUCUUAUAGCACAGGAGCAUGGGGAGAGAACCAAACUCACUGAAGUCAUGUAUGCUUAUUCUGCACAGUAAAUUAUGUGUUUUAAUCAUAAACAAUGUGUUUUUUAACCAUAAGCCUGAAAGGAACUUCCAGGAAUCAUCCAAUCUAAUUCUCUACUUUUUGUAAAGAUUUGUCUAAGCAACUAUUCUAAACAUAUGGUUAUUCUCUCCAUACUUAAAAAUACCUGUGGGAAGCAUAUUUUAAAAACAUCCUUGACAAUCCACUUCAUUAUCUAGUACUUGGUGAUAGGGUUUGGGAUAAGAAUUGUAUAUACAUUCAAUUUGUCAGAAAAAUAAGCUGUUUCUUAGUUUAUAUGAUUUUACUUGGAGAAGAGUAGCUAUUUACAUUGUCACAAAUGUCACAAUGAAUAUGCCAGAGAUCUAUUAAAUAUCACAAACAGGAUGUAAACUACAUUUUUCAUAGAAUAUAAUCUACAUGUAUCUUUGAAGGUAUAGUCUGAGGCAAUGGUCUGAUCUAUUACCAUUUUGCCAACCUAGUACAGUUGACUUAUUAUAGCUACACUAUUCCUACAUGUAUUUGCAAAAUAUGGUAUAAAAUGGCAUUUCAUUCUAGCUGCAGUCAUAGAAUUUAGAGGCUGUGAAAAAGCAUUGCAUUUUUAUAUGUCCUAUAGAGUACAAUACAUGUAUCCUCCAUUAGGAAUUUUGAUUGUAAUAAUGGGUGGCUGUUGGUAUUUCAUUUGACUAAUAUCUAUACAGUAUUCUCAUGUACAAACUAUUAACAUACAUCAUGCAUUUUAGCAUGGCAGAUUAAAUGGAAUUUAAAUGGAUGUCCCUUUAGAAAUCAAGCAUUAUUUAAUUGAGGAAAUGGCUCUAACCCACUCUAAAAUGGAUACUUUAAGAUCCAAUUUGGCACAUAUAGACCCUCUGAUUCAGUAUUCUUUCCAGCAACUGAUUUGAAGAAGUUACUUUAUGACUAGCCAUCAGUACCAAAGCUUCAUGUUGGCAUCAGUAUCAUUUUGAUGGAGAGAAUGUCAUUGUUUACAAAUGAAUGAGUUAUAUAACGAAGUCAGAAACCCCCAUAUGUACCCAAAAUAUACUGCACAGUAUGUGCACCUUAAUAAAUAGGUAACAGCCAUAAUAAAAAGAAUAAUACUCAGUGCCUGAAGAACACAUAUAGUUGGGGCUCUUGGCUUUGUAGUGUUAUGUAGAGAAGGGAAAGAAGAAACAGCUUCUAGUUAACAGUUUGGUCCAACUGUCUAAAAUCUGCCUUGAUAUUCAUCUCUUCUUUUAUAUUUCAAAUAGUUUUGAUUUCCCUUUUAAUACUUCAUUAUGUGUGGAAUCCAGUGAGCUGUGUAUGACCUAUUGUGACUCUGAGACAGGCACUGAUGCCUGAGACUUGAGAGUGGGUUUGUGGAUUCAGUGCUUCAAAUAUGAACUCUCGGGGUCUCACACUGUUCUUAUCCAGUGACAAUAGUAACAGGAACAUAGUGUUUUAUUGUGAAAGUGCAAAAUUGUAUGCCUCUCCAGGAAAAACAGAACAAAAUAGGACAACAAAUAAAGCAAAAUCUCAUUUACAAGCGCAGGAAGUCUUAAUCUUGUGAAUUCUUCCAAAGAGUUAAGCAAUAAAGCAAAAUUAAAUUGAUAGAUACAAAAGGCAAAAUCACAGAGAAUUUGGAAAACUGCCAGGCUGUAUUUUUCCUACAGAAUCAUAUUGAUACCAGUUGAAAUGGUAUAUUUGAGGUUGUGAGGUAUGAAGAGGGAGUUCAAGAUUAUCACCAUUAUUAAAUAUAUUUUUUGAAGGCUCCUUGGGUUCCUGACUUGCUGAGGGCAAGUUUAUGGAUCAUCAGAGCAGAGAGUAAAACUUAUACAUCUUGUCAUGCAUUUUAAGCACAACUUAACCAAUGCCCAGACCUUCUCCUACUCUAUACUGUCAUCUCACCAAGUCAAGUUUGGCUCUGUCAAACACCAUUCCCUCUGUAGCACUGAACCUAACAUGGUUAUAGAAAGAGUUGUUGAUGCCUGUUUCAGGCAGAUUGCAAGACCCACACAACUCUAGGCCCAAGUAACAAAGCACUGCUGAAGUGAACUAACCAUUCUCAGUUGUGCUAGGGCAUUGCUUACAUCUGUAGCUUCUCUCUGCUUUCUUCAAAAUGCUAUCUGCCUCCAAGCAUUUAGUACAACCUCAGUAAAUGUUCCUUCAGAAUGAGUUACACAUGGCUCUGAAUAGGCUCUGGGGGGCACCAGAUGUCUUUCAGCCAACAGUACCUAGAAACUCAAGUCCGAGAACCAAGCCCCAUAUUGUAGCCUGGGUAUUUCUAUUAUUAAACUAUAGAUCUUCAGCUACAAAAAUUAUGUCAUUUCAGAGGCUUCUAUAAGCAUAUCUUAUUAGAUAUAACCUGAAAAACAUGAUGCCCCAGAGCCUUAAUUAUUAAAGUUUUAGUGAUGAUUCUUUAAGCAUAGCUCUUGAUAUGAAUACACUUAAUUUACAACCAGCUAAUUGAACAUACACAUAAAUUGUGUUAACAUGAUUGAAAGAAUUUUAUUGUUAAAUGGAUAAACUGACCCCAGCUGUGGACUCAAUUUAAGGCUCCUCACAGUGGUAAAUGAAGAACAGACACUGAUAUUAUACACAGAUUAACAUAAAUUUUGUCAGAGCAUUUUGAGAUAGUGUGCAAAAUUCCUUCCUCACACUUGAUUCAAACAUUUGAAACUUAAGUAUUAUUUUCCUGUCACCUUUCUGUUUCCUUCCUUCCUUUGUUCCUUCUUUCUUUCCUUUUUCCUUUCAUAAAAGUCAUUGUUCCUUCUUUCCUUCCUUCUUCCUUUCAUUAAAAAAAGUAACUGAUACAUUUAUAAACAGGAAGAAUCACAGCUAAUCUUAUGUUGUAGAAUAGUUUUAGUUUUACAAAGUAAUAAAUAUUCUGUGUAUGUGUGUGUUUGUGUGUGUGUGUGUUGAAUGUAGAUAUUACAUGAUUAAAAGAAGUGACAUUUUGGAAGGACUUGGGAUGUAGAGAAGUAACGUUUGUGUCUUUAUUUAUUUAUUUUUCUUUUUUAUAAU